AUGAUUUGGUCCGUCGGCCAGCUCAUCAGCCACCUGACCCGCGGCACGACACUGCGCCAGGGCACGGUCAUCAUGACGGGGACGCCCUCUGGCGUGGGCUUCUUCCGCAAGGAGUUCCUCCAGGACGGAGACGUGGUCGAGGUCGAGAUUGAAGGGAUAGGCAAGGUCCGAAACGUGAUUUCUCACGCCCAGUAG